CAAACUAAAUGGAUUUGACAAAUUUGUCAAAGUUGGAACUUUGACAAUUGCAAAUUGUCCACAUUCAAGGUACCUUAAAAACGGGACAAAAAUUGGAUUGGACAGUCUGAAUCGUCCAUCUCUCCCAAGCACAGAGAAAGCUUGACAAUGGUGUCUUGCAACCGCUCCGACAAAAUCCAUCCUAUAAAUUGAGCAGUGCAGUCAGCCUUUCCAUUUUCAUUUCCCCACGCUUUUGGUAGACACAGUAUGGCAAAACAGAUCAUUCCCCUGAUGACGCGCUACCAGAUGGGUCCAUUUACCUUGUCUCACAGAGUAGUUUUAGCCCCCUUAGGCAGGCAAAGAUCAUACGAUUAUAUGCCUCAACCACACGCCAUCCUUUAUUACAGUCAGAUAACAUCUCCAGGUGGUCUUUUGAUCUCAGAAGCAACUGCUAUUUCUGAAAAUGGAAAAGCGUAUACACGGGCGUCUGGAAUAUGGACGAAGGAGCAUGUUGAAGCGUGGAAGCCCGUAGUCAGUGCCGUCCAUGAUAAAGGAGGCAUUUUCUUCUGUCAAUUAUGGCAUCCUGGAAGAUUUUCCCAUUUUGGGGUACCGGUUCCGUCCGCCAUAAAAACAGAGGAAAUUCCGCAUCUUAUUGCAGAUUAUCGUAACGCCGCAAGAAAUGCCAUUGAUGCAGGGUUUGACGGCGUUGAAAUCCAUGGAGCUCAUGGAUUCCUUGUGGACCAGUUCAUGAAAGACAGUGUAAACCACAGGACGGAUCGCUAUGGCGGAAAUUUGGAGAACCGUUGCAGAUUUGCACUUGAAGUUAUGGAAGCAGUGGUGGAUGAAAUUGGAGCAGAACGCGUGGGAAUGCGGCUUUCCCCCUUUUCAAACUUUUUAGACGCCUACGACUCAAAUCCAGAGGCUCUGGGGGUUUACAUGGCGGAGGCCUUGAAUAAAUUUAAUAUUGUGUACGCUCACUUUGUAGAGGCAAGGCAUGAAAAGGGAGUUGCAAUGGACAGGAGCCUGUUACCCAUGAGGAAAGCUUUCAAGAAUACUUUCAUGGUAGCAGGAGGUUAUGAUCGUGAUGAAGGGAAUAAAGCUAUUUCAAGUGGCAAAGCAGAUCUGGUAGCUUAUGGCAGAUUUUUUAUAUCUAAUCCAGACCUUCCUAAGAGAUUUCAGUUGAAUGCGCCCCUAAAUGCCUAUGACAGAAGCACAUUCUAUACUCCUGAUCCAGUUGUUGGCUACACAGAUUAUCCAUUCCUAGAAUUAUGAGUGCAUUGAAGCAAAUCAAAUUCUUCUCAAAGAUAUGAUGUUUGAUUCUUGGUAGUAACAUUGAAGUUGCUAUCUUAUUUCUUCUUCCAACUUUGCGACUAGAAUUUAUUAUCCAUAACUCUUUGUUGUUUUGUACAACAUUGCUCAGGUCUGGUUCAGCCGUUUCAGCAUUGUUUAAUAUAUUGUAAUGUUUUAUUGACUGUAAUCUUUUUCGAUUUAAAAAAUUGGUUUUUCUUCCA